CCAUAGUAGUAUAUAAAGCACCUCAGUUUUUCCCCAUGCUUGUUGAACUUACGCUACGAAUAUUAUUUCGUGUCAGUUUUAUUGCCAUUCAUUCUUCUUCAGGUCAGCCUUUCAUCCCGUCUUAAGUAUUUUUUCUAAUUGGACUGGUGAAUGGCUGAGGAUGGUUGCAAGGUCUCUUUGAAUGUCUAUGACCUAAGCCAAGGCUUGGCUAGACAACUUUCUACGGCUUUUUUGGGGAAGCCUAUUGAAGCCAUAUGGCAUACUGGAGUUGUUGUAUACGGUCGUGAAUACUAUUUUGGAGGUGGCAUAGAAAGUGCUCCUGCUGGAACAACUCCAUAUGGGACACCCAUUCGCACAAUCGAUCUUGGCGCGACACAUGUAUCUAAGGAAGUAUUUGAGGAGUACUUGGACAAGAUUGGUCCACGCUACACAGCUGAAACUUACAAUUUGCUGGCUCAUAACUGUAACAAUUUUAGUAAUGAGGUUGCUGAGUUCCUUGUCGGUGCUUCAAUACCAGAUUACAUUUUGAAUCUCCCGAAUGAAGUUAUGAGUAGCCCCAUGGCCCCUCUCAUAUUGCCAAUGAUACAGAAUCUAGAGAACACUUUGAGGGCUGGUGCAGUUCCCCAAGCUCCUCAGUUCAGGCCUUCUGCGCUUGCUAGUUCAAAUCAGGUGACAGCUGCUGCUUCAAAGCUGGCUAAUGGUGCCACCAACCAAUCGCCUAAUACAAAAGAUGAGGGUGCUGAUACAGAACAGACGAAGACCAAAACAGUGUCCUCUUCUAGCGGUGCAGGAGAUGCUGUUGCUGGAGAUCCCCUCGGAGAUGCUCGGAGUAAAGUCCAAGAGGAGAUCAGCAGUGAGUUUGCUGCAAUCAUGGCCACUGGGACGUUGCGUGCAAGUGAGGCUGCCGCUCUAGCAACUAGGAGAGUGAUGCAGAGACAUGGCCAUAUGUCUACGGCACAGAGCUGAAGAUAGAAUACACUAUUAUUUCCCAUAUGGACUUGGUCACAAUGUAAUUUCUUAGAUUUACAAGGGUGACAUUACUAUCUUUUUUAUUUUCCAGGUUGGAUGGUAUUUUACUAUGGUAUCUUCACUUAAA